GGCCCUGGCGCUUUGUGACUGAUCUACUGAGUUGACAGCGGACGUGAAAUAUUGGGAUUGUAAAGAUGGCCAGCCGAGAUGACGACUAUGAAUGGACAAAGGAUGAUGAUGAUGAGGAGGAGGAAGAAGAAGAGAUAAAGCCUCCAGCUCCACCAGCCAAGAUGGAACAUUAUGAUGACCUCUAUCUAUCAUCUAGUGACCUGUCAUCUUCAGAUGAUGAUGGUGAAGCGAUUGCUGCAACAUCCCCUGGAGAACGACAAGAUUCUAAAGAUACAGAGGAACAAGAUGAAGAGGAUGAUGAACCACCAGUAAAACGUUCUAAGACCAAUGAUGAUGAUGAGAAUCUUUCUAUCUCAUCCUCCCCACCAUUGUCUCCUGCUAGUAGUGUAUCAGUGGAUGGGAUCUCACAGGAGAAUACUACCAGCCCUUCAACUCCAAAGAUGCAAGAACAGGAGACAUUGGAUGAUGAAAGUGGAAAGGAAGAAGAAGAGGAUGAAAAGGAGAGAGAAGAAACACCCAAAGAUGGAUUGAACGAGGGAAAAGAGGAAGGAGAGGAAGAGACAGGGGGUGUACAAUUACCCCUCUUUAGUGGUAUAGGGGGUAGUCUAGAGGAUUCCAUUAGUAGACCUAGACUUCAUGAGGAUGUAGGGUCAUCACGGCAACCAGAUGCUGGUGAAGGCGUGUCAGGGGGUAGUGCUGAAGGAGAGCAAGGAGAAUCAGGGAGCCUCGGUAGAGAUACAGGAGACAAGGAGAAAGAUGCUCCAGGAGGCUCCAAGGAUCCCUCAGAAGAGACUCCAGCGGCUCCAGUUGAUCCAGUCAAGGAGGCCUACCGCAAGAAAGCAAGACUUGAUGCAGAAGAAAGACAAAAAAUGCAAAUUCUUGUCUCGGCCUUCUCAGAGGAACAACUCAACCGUUACGAGAUGUUCCGACGAUCGUCGUUUCCGAAAGCUGCCAUCAAACGCUUCAUGCAGUCCAUCACAGGAAGCUCUGUGUCGCAGAACGUUGUGAUUGCUAUGUCAGGUAUUGCCAAGGUGUAUGUCGGAGAGAUCGUUGAACAUGCUCUGGACGUCAUGGAACAGUGGGGUGAUGUACCCCCUCUACAGCCUAAACACAUACGGGAAGCUGUAAGGAGAAUGUCAAGUGAGGGCGGCACAGCACAUUUCAAGAGGACUAGAGCCUUAUUUAGUUGAAUAACCGCAGUUGUAUUCUCUAGACUUCUGACAUUGCCAUAGAGGACAAGCUGAUGUAACCUCAAUACACAUAGAGGCUUGAGGAAAAUGGAAGGAGGAAUUCAUGAGGAAUCCAGUAUUUUCAAUAGAUCUAAUAUAUUUGAGGUUUGA